AGGGGCACUUCAUUGUUGGGCUGGGCCAAAUACUAAGGGGAUAUAAGGGAUUCUGCUGGGCCGAGGUAUGGCGGGCGCCAUAGUGGGCCAUAACAGGCCCUCCGCCCCUGAGAGUGAACCUGCCUGGAUUACAAGGACUGGUUGGCAGUGGUAGGCUAUACCACAUGGGGCGGAAUCUUUUUUGGUCGCGUCCCCAAGUGAUGAAGCUUUGCAAAGUAUGGUCGACAUCGGUUAUCAUCUAAAAAAUCAUGGAGUCACUCUCAUAGUGUCUGUGUGGCAGCACAAUCAGGAUAUUAUUCCAACUUAUGAAUUAGAGGAAGUUUGGGUUCACAUUACCAGGGUGCCUCAUGCUUUUAGAAAUUAUCCGGUUUUCUGGGCUCUUGGAACAGUCAUAGGAACUACUCGGGAGGUGGACAUGUACACAUACAGGAAGAUGGGAGUAAUAAGAGUGAAAGUUGGGAUACUUAAUAAGUCUGAGUUGCCCCUCACCACAGACCUGGUUUUUGGUACAGAAGGAUAUCAUAUCACAUAUACACUGGAGGAUGAUUCAUUCGAGCCGGCUGUGGCUCCAAACGAAGAUGUUGACCCCAUGGAUCAGGAUGAUUUCGGGGCAGGAAAUGGUGGUACUGAGGAGUCAGGCAGGGAGACAGCUGCUAAGAAAAUGAGAAGUGACAGCAAAACAGAUAACUCAGCACCUCAGUCAGGGAGUGCCGGCCCUACUCCUAUGCAACAUCAUAUUGCUGUAACACCUUUGGGAAAAAGGCGGCCGUGUCCACCGCCAAAGCUGUUAGUGUUCAUGAAAAGUGAUGAUAAGCUGCCUCCGAUUGCGGUGACAAUACCCAAGACGUGUUUUAGACCGGAUCCUGGAUGCACACCUUAUCCUGGGUCGCCAGUGAGAGAGGCUGAAUGGUCAGUAGCGAACACGCCUGAUCACCAGCAGCCGCAGGUGUCGGCCAGCACAUUUACACCGAACAGUGAAGUGGCGGCUCGGCGAGGGUGUCAGUCGCAUACCGCAUCAUCUCCUUUCCCCACGCCAAGCCCAGAAAACUUACAUGGACAUGGCCGGAGGGAGACAUUCAAUCCUGUUAGACAGAAGCUUAUGUCGGCACCACCUCCACAAACUGAGUCGGGACAGUCGGGCGCUGAGCCAUUGACUGGUCUUAGGACACCUAGUAAAAGCACUGAAGCUGACGAGUAUGUGAUGGAUAAGGCCAAGCGACGUGCUGCAAUACGGAAUCUAGACAGCCCUAUUGCAGCUAGCUUGAGGGGUUCGAACAUAGCUUCCUCGCCAGGUAAUCCUUCUUUCAUCUCCCCGAUAGACAUACAGAAAGACACUUGUAUAGCAAAUUUAAAUUCCAUUGGAAUAUCCUUGGGUAGUACUAGCAAAGCGAUUAAUGUCUCCUACAAUGCACUUAAAAGAAUCAAGGUGGAUAGGGUUACCGUUCAGCCAAAUUUAAAAGGAACUGGAAGGGCCUUAUUUGACUUCAAUCCUUUUGAGCUAAGUGAUGAGGAGGACCACGAAAAUGACUGUGGCCUUUUAUCUCAUUUGGUAAAGGAGGUCACUGAUGUGGACUUGGAUGAUUUGGACUUGGCCACAAAAAUUUGUGACCUCAAGGAGUCGGGUCGUAAAUCCAAAUCGUCAUAA